AACACACAUCCCAACCAUGUCUUCGAAAAUAUUUGUGUGUUUUCUAUUAUUUGUCAGCCUCGAUUGCGUUGUAUCGUUAAAAAUGAAAUCCAACCCAUUGAAUGAUACGGAUAAAAAAGCUUUGGCAUUAUUGGUAACAUUAUUGACACAAUUCGAAAGCAGAUUUGCAUCAAACUGCGAACUACUGAAAAAUAAUAUAUACUCGGAUAUUGAAAAAAUAUCCAAAUCUCAACAUCCAUACUCGCAGUAUCCUUUUAUUGACGAAAUGCACUUACUGCUAAAAUCUGCAUUAAAGGCAGAAGAAAAGGCUAUUAAAGAAUUCAGUAUACUUCAUAUAAUCUACGAAGAUUUCGAGAAUAAAAACGACGAUGAGCAAGUGAACAUCCAACAGAGAAUUAACGUUUUCAAGACAAAGAUAGAAGAUUCUGUCACCAACGUUUUUAUGAUAUAUCGAGAUAUAGAUAACAAAGUAAAAGCUGAGAUCACUCGAAAACAUCUAGCUUGAUCAGUCCCAAAAUGACAGAGUUGUUAAAUUAGUUGCCAGCUUAUUUCUACUGCAUGUAUAAUCGUAUUCAAAUUUGUUCCCAAUUAUUAAAACCCAAUAAAGAGAUGAACAUA